AUGGGGGACCAGGAAAUCAAAGUUGGAAUCGGUAUUUUCGCCCGGCACCCCACCCCUGGCAGAGUGAAGACGAGGCUGGCCCGCAGCGUGGGCGACGAGGCCGCGGCAGACUUCUACCGUGCGUGCGCGGAGCACGUCAUCGCGCAGGUCGUCGGCUGCGCGCGCCACGGGUGCCCUGUCACCGUGUUCUGCUCGCGCGCGGACGAACAAGCUGCGGUCACAAAGUGGGUCCGCGGGGCCGUGAAAGCCGCGCACGUGGACGUCCGGCCGCAGAGCACGACGGCCGACUUGGGCGACAGGAUGCUCGCGGCGAUGCAGGACAUGGUAAACGCGGGGUGCGGCGCAGCGAUCAUCGUCGGGACAGACGUGCCCGACCUGACCACGGAAAUCGUCCUGGCCAGCGCCGCGGCACUGCGUGCUGACGCAGAGGGCCACGGCGCCGUGCUGGGCCCCGCGGACGACGGCGGCUACUACCUCGUAGGGUCGCGAGCCCCGAUCCGCAGGGAGAUGUUCAGCGGCGUGCCCUGGAGCCGCGCAAACACGCGUGCAGCUACGCUGCGGGCCUUCGCUGCUGCCGGGCUCAGGACGGCUCCGGAGGACGCGCUGCCGCGCUUGCGGGACAUCGACACGUUCGAGGACCUGCAGACGUGGCUCGAGGAGCGCUCCGAGGGCGAUCCUCACCCGCUGUCUGACGUAGCAACAACAACAGUGGCCAGGGGGGUCGCGUUGAUGGACGUGCACGGCCCGGUGUGA